AUGGGCGAGAUGGAUGAAUUGGAAGGUGGAUUUGUUUUGUUUGAUAAUGUUACUGGUCUUCAUGUUGCCUUACUAUCAUUGUUACUUAAUGCUUUGCAACAGCGGCUUAGCCCUUCAUCCUCGUUAAUUGUGGAUGCUACAAGUAAUGGGUUGAGGUUGCAAGAAGGGCAUGGUGUGAGGAAGGAACGGGCUGCACUUGGAGCCAUCUUAUUCUUGUUGGCAUUUUUAUAUGCUUUUUGGCGAAUGGGCAUUCAUUUUCCUAUGCCAUCACCUGAUAAAGGAUUUUUCACCAUGCCUCAGCUGGUCAGCCGAAUUGGGGUGGUUGGUGUGACUCUCAUGGCUGUCCUAUCCGGUUUUGGAGCUGUGAACCUGCCGUAUAGUUAUCUGUCACUUUUCAUUAGAGAAAUUGAAGAAACAGAGAUCAAAGGUUUGGAAAGACAGUUGAUGCAGUCAAUUGAGACUUGCAUUGCAAAGAAAAAGAAAAUAAUUCUUUGUCAGAUGGAGAUGGAGCGAAUGCAAGGGUCGGAAGAGAAGUUAAGGGCUACAUCCUUCUUAAAGCGGAUAGUUGGAACAGUGGUACGAUCUGUGCAGGAGGACCAAAGGGAACAAGAAGUUAAGGGCUACAUCCUUCUUAAAGCGGAUAGUUGGAACAGUGGUACGAUCUGUGCAGGAGGACCAAAGGGAACAAGUUAUUCAAAUUUUGGUGUGAGCACUUCAUUUUCCAUGUUUAAUGUCUUUUCUCUUGAUCUUGCUUCUUUAUCUCUUUCUGUAGAUAUUAAAAGCAUGGAAGCAGAGGUACAAGCUCUGGAAGAACUCUCAAAGCAGCUUUUCUUGGAGAUCUACGAGCUUCGACAAGCUAAGGAAGCUGCUGCUUAUUCUCGGACGUGGAAGGGUCACAUGCAGAAUCUACUGGGCUAUGCAUGUUCAGUCUAUUGUGUAUAUAAAAUGUUUAAGUCUUUGCAAAGUGUUGUCUUCAAGGAGUCAGGUUCUGUUGAUCCUGUAACCAGGACAAUCAGCAUAUUCUUACAGUUCUUUGACAUAGGCAUCAAUGCAACAUUAUUAUCACAGUAUAUAUCCCUCUUAUUCAUUGGAAUGUUGAUUGUUAUAUCUGUUCGAGGAUUCUUGAGUAACCUAAUGAAGUUCUUCUUUGCAGUUUCUAGAGUUGGGAGUGGUUCUUCAAGCAAUGUUGUGCUUUUUCUAUCUGAAAUUAUGGGAAUGUAUUUCGUAUCGUCCAUUCUUUUGAUUAGAAAAAGCCUGGCAACUGAAUACAGGACAAUUAUAACAGAUGUGUUGGGCGGAGACAUUCAGUUUGACUUUUAUCACCGGUGGUUCGAUGCAAUAUUUGUUGCUAGUGCUUUUCUUUCUCUACUUUUGCUUUCUGCACAGUAUACAUCUCGCCAAGCUGAAAAACACCCUAUUGAUUAA